CUGUGUGUUUGCAGAGCAAUGACCUGCCUGUGCACACGAGACAGGACUCUUCCCUGUCUGUUUUUAAAUCUCUUCUUGAAACUCAUCUCAUUUCAUUGGCCUUGGACACUAUUUGUUUUUGUUUUUAUGGUGCUUAAUUCUACGGCUUUGUUUUUUAGAGGUCUUUUAUUGCCUUGUGUGAGGUCUUAUUUUUUAUGUCUUAUUUAAAGUGCUUUAUAAACAAAUGGAUUGGAUUGCACUGGAUCAUCAUCAUGUCAGUCUAGGUCAUUCAUCUGCACAUGACGUCACACUUCAAUGGAGUUGACACGAAACAAUGCUGUUUGUUUUAAUGAGAGCAAUGGCCUUUUUGAUAAGGUAAACAGUCAUAACAAACAGCCAUUGUCUGUGAUUCAUGGUCAACCCAUCACUCUCAGCAUUACAGGGCUGACUGGGUUGUACCACAGGUUAGGAUAUUUGAAUAUUUUACUCCACGAAAAGGACAGCCUCCACUUUUGUAAGGCUUUGCAUUAUAUGAUCUCCUUCAUGCAAAAAGCAUCAGCACCUGCUCUGGUGGAGGUCGUUGAAUUGUAUUUGUUUUUCCCCUCAUCUGCUGACUAGUUGUUUUCCACCAGUAUUCUCUAUUUUUCUACAUCUAUUUUGUCUUUACUCAGUCCCCUGGAAAAGACAGCUAAGAAAUAGAAGAUGGCGUCAGGGGAGAAGACAGAGCCGAUGCGUGUCCUGGUGACAGGUGGAUCUGGGUUGAUUGGCAAAGCCAUUGAGCAUGUGGUGUUUAAGGAAGGUGGGAAACGUGAGGGAGAAGAAUGGUUCUUCCUCUCCUCAAAGGACGGAGAUCUAACGGAUGUUGAGCAGACCAGAGCUGUGUUCAAGAAGUAUCAUCCCACUCAUGUCAUCCACCUUGCUGCCAAAGUGGGAGGACUCUUCAUGCACUUGAAACAGAACCUGCAGUUUCUGAGAGACAACAUAAAGAUCAAUGACAACGUCCUGCACACUGCCCAUGAGACGGGUGUUAACAAAGUUGUGUCUUGCCUGUCCAGUUGUAUCUUUCCUGACAAAACUACAUAUCCCAUUGAUGAGACAAUGAUACACAAUGGGCCACCUCAUGAAUCAAAUUACGGAUACUCGUAUGCCAAAAGGAUGAUUGAUAUUCAGAACAGGGCAUACUUUCAGCAGUAUAAGCGUUGUUACACAUCAGUCAUCCCAACCAAUGUGUUUGGUCCCUAUGACAACUUCAGUCCAGAAAAUGGCCACGUGCUCUCAGCACUCAUGUGCAAGACACACAAAGCCAAACAAGAUGGAACCCACGUGAAGGUGUGUGGCACUGGAAAUCCACGAAGACAGUUCACCUACUCUCUGGACUUAGGCCGUAUACUUGUCUGGGUCCUGAGAGAGUAUGAUGAGGUGGAUCCUCUUAUCACUUCUGUUGGGUCAGAGAAGGAAGUUUCCCUCAAAGAGGCCGUGGACAUGAUCGCAAAGGCUUUGGACUUCAAGGGUGAAAUAGUCUAUGACACCACUAUGUCCGAUGGGCAGAUGAAGAAGACGGCGAGCAAUGACAAACUGAGACGCUACCUUCCUGACUUCACCUUCACACCGCUUGAUGAAGCUAUCAAGUUGACCUGUGACUGGUUUGUGGCCAAUUACGACAUUGCGAGAAAAUGAUGUGAUGAAGCACUGAGCUGAAAACACUGCAUGUUCUUGCUGGUGUUGUUGUUUUUCUUCUUUUUGUUUUGGAGUGAACAUCUGCAAUAUGAGCAAACAUACGAGGGCCAAUAAUUACUUAUGCUGUUGAUGCAAAUGUAUUCUUCUGAUUUGCUGAUUGACGUCUUAAGACUUCUCUAUAUUUUUGGUUUUAUGGUGCAGGGAGGGGCAAUAUUCACAGUGAUUAUGUUUUCUAAACGAACUUGCAUAUUAAAAUUAAAGGGAUAUUCCACUCAAAAGAUGUUAUUUCUUGUUGUUUGAACACCGAGGGUAUCGCAAACGACACGUUUGUGCAAGCGCACUUUGCAUUAUCGUAAACGCGACGGUUUGUGAAAGCUGAGAAGUUGCAUGUCAAAGUGGUUAACAACAUGUGGUUAUUGGAGUAAUUUCAGAUACUGAAAGUUAUCCUUACUCAUAGGACAUUUUCUGGCCCUUUUAUGUUUAAACUAAGCAAACAAAAAACAUUUAGAGGCUUUGGUGUUGAAGGGUUAAUGCUUUUAGAAUAGAACAGAGUAUCUGUCAUUGCAACAUGUACUAUGACACUGAGUGCAUUCUUUAGUAGUGUAGUAGUUUAUUUAGAUUCCAAUCAUCUAAAUAAACAAGGAUAAAAAGGACAUCAAACAUACCAACCAGAGACAAACCUUCGCUAUUACCACAGAUAUAAUAAACGUUUGUUUACACAUUAACGGCAGUUGGAGAGAGCUGUACACGUCAGUGAUACACCAUUACAUGCUUCAGUGGACCGAAUUGGGUUCUAGCCGGAGCAACCUGGGGUUAGAUGUUAGAUCUGCAUGUAGCCAUCGGAGCCUAAUGUCUGUUUAAAUGAUUUUAAAUGAGACCUACACACUUCAAAGGAGAGACAGUGGACUGUCCCCAACUGAUGAGGUUUGAACCUAGGUGAUUGACAUUUACAGAUAAUCAAAGAGCAGAAUAUAUAGAGUGAUGACGUUUCGUCUGGGGAAAACCUAUUGUCUCCAGGGGUGUGAUCUGACUGUCUUAAAUAUAAAAGGUAGUCAAAAUAUAUCCUAAAAUCUAAUGCUAAAUA